AUGGAAAUUCCCAAGAUCGACAGAACCGAGGAUCUGCUGCUGAACUUUGCGGACGAGGAAAAGUCGCUUUUCUACGACGGCCACGAGGGCUACUUUGAGCAGCAAAAGCUGAAAAACAAGAAGCCCGGCACGGCGUCCAUGGCUCUGGCUCCCGAGCUCAAUUACGAGGAGUAUGAAAAAUACAGCAGAAUCCUGGAAAUGUCUGCUGAGCAUCAGAUAGAAAAAUUGAGCAAUUACUACCGGCUCCAGUUUCUGCAGUGGACGUUUGAGCUGCAGCAGGGCUUCAAUCUGGUUUUCUACGGUGUUGGCUCAAAACGUCUUCUGGUGCUUGAGUUCUUGCAGCAACAUUUUCUGCCCGCGGUGCCCGGUGCAAAGUGUCUGGUUGUCAACGGGUACAACCCAGACUUCCGUCCCAAGACGCUCCUGUCGAUGAUCCAGGAGACCGUACUCGGGGUAAAGAAUCCCAUAGCACCACAUAUUCACGAAACACUGUCCAACAUUAAGCAGAACUUCGCACAGAACCGUGACCUUAGGUGUGUCCUGCUGGUGAACAACAUUGACGGCGAGGCGCUGCGCACGGACAGAAUGCAGCAGAUUUUGAGCGAGAUCGCUGCCAUUGAGCAGGUGCAUUUUCUGUGCACCAUGGACAAUCUGAACAUGCCUAUUUUCUGGAACUCCAGCAUGCAUUACAACUUUAACUUCAUCUGGCAUAACAUUACCACAUAUCAAUCGUACAAAAUCGAGAACGGGUUCAAGGACCCGCUCGGACUGGGCAAGAGCAACAAAUUUGUUGGCACGCAGGGUGUCAAGUACGUUUUGAGCUCGCUCACGGCCAACGCCAAGAACCUGUACCGGCUGCUUAUUUUGCAGCAGCUGGAGAAAAUCGAUCUGAGCGUGAGCCACGACGACCUCGACAAGAGAGGCGCCACAAAGGGCAGCACCAGAUACAGCCUGCUGCUCAAGGAGUUCUACCAACAGUGUUUGUCGGAAUUUAUUACUUCCAGCGAGAUAUCUUUCCGCACGGUUCUAGGAGAGUUUGUGGAGCACAAAAUGUGUACGCUCACGAAAAACUCUGCCGGAGCGGAAAUCUUGUACGUUCCGUUCACGGUCGACGAGAUGGAGAAGCUGCUGGAAGAGCAAUUUGUAUAA